UUAAUAACAUGACACUGAUUGGACCGCCAGGCAAAACGGGACUACCUGGUCCACCAGGAAAAGCAGGCAAAGGUGGACUGCCUGGUGCCAAGGGAAAACAAGGUUCAAGAGGCCCAUUAGGAGUGAAGGGGCAGAAAGGAGCAUCAGGGGUACAAGGCAAACAAGGCAGAAAAGGACAGAGAGGAGACCCAGGAACUGGGCUGCCGGGUCAUGAUGGACCCCAAGGACCUCGAGGAUAUCCUGGCUAUGAAGGUGUUGCAAAAGAUGGCAUUCCAGGGCUGGAAGGACCUCGUGGGUACUCUGGUCCUGUAGGACAACCGGGAAUUGCUGGUCCUAUUGGAGUACCUGGAGUAUGUGAAGCUCGGGACUGCAGCAUCCACGCUCCGGCACUACGAGCUGAACAAGGCUUAGUGAAAGGACCGUUGAUUAACUGAGUUGACAGUACCCAUGGGGAAAAAACUUCA